AUGGCUCCUGCGGGAGGUUCCAAUCUUUGUGGCGAGGUGUGCCCUGUUCGGGUUGUUGCCCGUUUUCGACCUCCAGUUUCUGAAGAAGAGCAGGAGGAGAACCCAGCGUUCACCGUUAACGCUGCAGGUGUAGUUGAGUCUGCUGACCACUUGCACUGUUUCCGGUUGGACAGCGCGUUCGGUCAGGAAACAAGCCAACAGCAAGUUUACGAAGAUGUAGGUCGACGUGUGGUGCAAGAUGUGUUGUCCGGAUAUAAUGGUACGAUCCUGGCCUAUGGACCUACAGGGUCUGGCAAGACCUUUUGCAUGUUCGGGCCACCGCAGGGUCGAAGUCCCGGAGAUCUGGAAGGGCUGGUGCCGAGGGCUGUGGAGCAGGUCCUGCAGCAUGUCCAAGAAAGUGGAGGCACCAAGCUGCAGUGCAGCUUUUUCGAGGUCUAUUUGGACAGAGUGCGCGACUUCCUGAGUCCAAAGACGCCGAACCCACAGUUGAAGGAGUUCCCCGGUGGCGUGGAAGGUCUCACUUACAAGGAGAUCUCCACAGCCGCUGAAGCGUUGCAGAUUUUGCGACUGGGGUUGAGGCUCAGAGUGGCCGCCAACACCAGCUUGAACGAGCACUCAUCCCGUUCUCAUGCAAUCUUCUCCUUGCUUUUGCGACAAACGCAGCAAAGCGGAAUUCGAGUGUGCAAGUUGACACUGGUUGAUCUUGCUGGAUCGGAGAAGGUCCGCAAAAGUGGUUCUGUCGGUGGCAUGCUGGAGGAAGCGAAGAAAAUCAACUCCUCCCUGAGUGCGCUCGGUCAUGUGAUAGAAGCGCUUUCCGAGCGAAGGCCGCAUGUGCCCUACAGAGACUCCCGCCUCACGCGGCUGCUGGAAGAAUCCUUGGGUGGCAACUGCCGCACGACUCUCUUGGUAGCUUGCUCGUCGAGCAGCAUCCAUGCUUCCGAGACUUUGUCUUCACUGCGAUUCGCGGUCCGUGCGAGAAAGGUGGAGAACAGUGUUGGCGUGACUGUUAGCAGCCCCCACCAAUCGUCGCAAUCUUCCGACAGGCAGCUUGAGAGACGAAUUGCUCAGCUUCGUCGAGAGCUCGCCAGAUUGGAAAGUCGCCGAUCUGUCUCGCGCUCCCUGUCGGCAGACAGGCGCAUGUCAUCAAGGUCUACCGUCGCAAAGUCGAUGUCCACAUCGUCAUUAAGUCCGGAGCGCCCGCGCAGCAGCAGGAUAUCACCGGCUGCUGGUGCUAUGAAGGACAACAAGGCUGACAAGGCGACCAGCCAUGCUGGGCAGAGCCACUUGGAUGUUCCAGAGGCACUGCCAAUUUGCAACAGCGUCACGUUGCUUGGCAGCUGCAGGAGCACCGCUGACCCAGGAUCGGGUGUGUCGUCCACCUGCUCAGUGGCCGCUGUCUCGACAGGCUCCGCCGCUGGCACACCGCUUUCUCGAGAUCGUGAUGCAACUGCGAGAGAGGAGUCCCCAUGCCCGCCGACCACUCGCGGCAGUUACAGCUUUCUCAUUGAGGCGACACCUUUGGCUGACAUGCCGGUCACACUGAAGGGCUGGACUGCCAAUCAGUCGUCAGUGCAGAUUCUGUGUGGUGACACAGACAUUUCUGAGGUGAAGCCCCUGGGGAUUGAAGGAGGUCGCCCCCCAAUGGCAACGGAGAUGUCCGGCCGCUGCCGCGAGCUGGAGAGACAACUCGAAGCCGAACGGCGGCAGCAUGCGCUUGAGCUUGAGAGCCUUCAGCGGCAGCACAUCGAGGGGCGUCUUCAAGCACUGACUUCGCUUUCGCCGGUGAGCACUGCCCCGGGAGCCUCACGCUUGGCAGCGCUGGCCAAGUCCGUGCCAUGCUCGAACGUCGAAAGCAUUGCCAGGACUCAAUCGUCAGAAGGGCUAAAGCUGUCGGCGAGGAAUGAUGAAGCUUGGCCAGCGAGGUUUGCGCCUCCGCUGGUGGGCCCAAGUUGCCUUGCACCAGUGCUGCCAUGCUCGCAUCCAAGCCGAGCUCCAAGAGCUUCUCCGGUACUGAGCCAGGAGGCUAGUCGGGAUGUGAAGCAGUCGCAAAUCGAAUUGGGUGGGCGUUGGGCGUACUUUCGCAGGGCUUGCCGGAACGGCCAGGCUACCGUGGCUCUGACAUCUCUGUCAAGCGCUGCACCUCAUGCACCGAAGUGCCAGGCAGAAGCUGCUCGCCUCGGCAAGAGUCAGAUUCUCGGGUGUGCAGUUGGUACCCCUCCCCCGCUCCCAAGAAUGCCGUCAGUCAUGAUCAACAUCUGCCGACGCGAAGCCAGAGUGGUGUCGGAAGCGAAAGACUGGAAGGACGAGGCAAUUCUGGUGCCGCACGAGUGCAUCCGCUGGUGGAAUUCCAACCUCUUGGAGAUCCUGGCCGACUUCGAGCCGGUGAAGCGCCCUACAUCUGCGUGGAAGACGAAGGUGCUUAUGGAUUUUCUGGAAAACUAUUACCUUCCUUGUGUCCAUCAUCACCACCGCAGCGAAGAGGAAAUCUACAAUCCAGGCAUCCUGGAGAAAUGCAAGAGCAUGGGCGUGGCUGAUCCAUUUCCCAAGGUGAAGAAGGAUCACGAGACUCUCGUUGCUCUACUGGACAAGGUAGUCACGUUCCGGAAACCGAUCGAAUCAGGCGAUGCUAAGGCUGUAGAGGAGUUCAAGGCGGCCAUGAAAGAGAUGAUCAAGUUCAUGGAGGAGCACCUCGCCGAGGAAGAGCAGGACUACCCCAAGAUUUUCGCGGACUGUCAGCUCACGCAGGAGGAAGAGGGUGUACUCCUGAACAAGAUUUUGGAAGGCCUGGGCUUAGACGGUAGCAAGCGUUUCUUGCCGCCCAUCAUGUAUGCAAUGGUUUUGUGGAGGGGCAAGGACAAGAUGAUGGAGUGGGAGGCCAAGCUACCUGGGCCAAUUCGCAUGCUGAACAGCAACUGCUGGCUCAACGACUUCCACGAGAAUCAACUCCGUGUACUUGAGGCUCUCAAGAAGGAAGAGGCAUUCGAGCCUCACGCUCCGUCAUGCAACUUAUGUUCCGUGAUGUGA